AUGGCCCGCCCCGCGKGCGAGGAGCCGGCCCCGGGCCCCGUCCCCGAGCUGUCCCCGCCGGCCGCCGCCGCCGCUCCAUCCCUCGCUGGCUCCGGGAGCGCUGCAGGAGCGGAGCGCUCGCAUCGCGAACUCGCCGGUGCUUAUGCUGAGCUCAUAAGGAGGAACGAGCCAAUUCCCGCUCGCGAAGGGAAUGUUUUAUGUGCAGGCAGGCGGUGCUCCCGUGCUGGCUGUGAUUUCUCGGUCAGAUCGCGGCAGGGUGCGAAGGUGCCCGACCUCCUCCAAAGAAGAGACUGGCCCGGUGGUCCCUGGGCUCUGCACCAAGCUGCUYACCUGCAGGAACAGCCCAUCCCCCGGCCCUGCCGCGGCUGCCGUGGCAGCAUGUUAGACCCCAAGGAGGAAUGCUUUACAGAGAAAUCAGUGCUUGCCCAGCCAACAUUUGUUUUUGAAAAGAAGGACCGUUCUUUGAAGAGGCCUGCAGAAGACCCAGUUUGCAAAGCUGAAAAUGAUUUCAUUAGUUGUUCCAGAAAACGUGCAAGAUCAUCAUCUUUGACUUUCCAGAAAUCUGACUCUCUGUCUAACACUGAUACUUCUCUGAUACAGAAAAGAGGGAGAUCAUCUUCAUUUAACAUCCUUCYUACUUUUCCUCCCUCCCAGACAGUAAAGAAGAAUAACAUAUUCAUGACCUCAGGUCUUCUUCAAAGAAAUCCCGACUUCAUCAGAAGUGCAAGAGAAGGAUCCUUGUCACCAAGUCAAUUGUGGAAUGUCAUUAGACCUGCCACUUUACAGCCCCCACAAGCCCUGACCUGUCCUGAAAUUCCUGUAGUAUCUCUAGUGACUAAGAAAGAAGCAUGUGUUCAGCUACCUGAAGACAGCUCUUAUUCAUCAGCUAAGAAUUCAGUCAAUUCCAAAACAGCAGUGGGGUCUUCUACUACCGUGAGUCUUUCCAGCUCUCAAACAACACAAAGUCAGAAGCUCGAAGAAAGAAGUGAACAAAAGAGCAGCAAAUCUGAUUUCGUGUUUGGGGAAAACAUGGUUGAAAGAGUUUUGGUCCGAUCUGCAGACGCUGGCAAACUUUUUAUCAAGAGUCCUGAGAAACAUCCCAAGCUGUGUAAUGAAGCUGAUUUACAAAAAGGAGAAAUAACAUCCAUGUCCCUAGGAUCUUCUCAUGUUGGGCCACGAACAAAAAAAGCUUUGUUGGGGAAUAAUGCAACACUAAUUGAAUCAGCAGCUGCUUGUAUUUCCAAGCCAGAGGAGAAAAUCCUGUUAGAUAAAGUUGAAGUUAUAACUGGAGAAGAAGCAGAACACAAUGUAUUGCAGAUUAACUGCAAGCUCUUCAUAUUUAAUAAGCUUUCUUUAACCUGGACUGAAAGAGGCAGAGGAUCCCUGAGACUUAAUGACACUUCUAGCAAUAAACAUGGAAUGUUGCAGUCAAGGCUAAUUAUGCGAAAUCAAGGUAGCUUGAGACUGAUUCUCAACACCCGACUCUGGGAACAAAUGGUUAUAAAAAGAGCAAACAGAAAGAGCCUGUGCUUCACAGCAACAGAUCAAGAGGACCACUCUGUUCAAGUAUUUUUAACUCAGGCAAGCUCAAAAGACACUGAACACCUGUAUGCUGCAAUACAUCAUCGCCUUGUGGCAUUGCGAAGCUUUGCUGAGCAAGAGCCAGAUGCUCAUCAAGUGGAUACAGAGUUAGAAACAGCUUUUCAGCCAUUUAACUGUGAUAGUGAUGAUGAAGAUGAUGAAGAACUAACUCAAGUGAGCAGCACUGGCUCUGAUCAUUCUAGAUGGAACCGUAGGCGGUCUGUUGUCUGCUCAUGAUAUCUGCCAGAGGUUACAACAGCUCAGUUGGGAACCCAUCUUCCMAAAAUGUCUAAGCUGACUCAUCAGUCCCUGGAGGGAGGAAAUCAGAUGCAUACUAUUUUAUGACUUUUAAGUAGAGGUUGAUUUUAGAGACAUCUUAAGUUUAACAUAYUGAGGAAGAACUUUGGAUGCACUAUUGAGGGUUCCAGGCAGCCUGCAUUGCACUGAGCUCUGAAUAAGAACAUGGCUUCCAAUAGUCAAGAACUGUUACAAAGACUUCCAAUUUUCAAAUUAAAUAUAUUUAGAUACAUUACUAGAGUAAGGAAUUUUAUAGGGAAUAAGUGCUUAUUCAUCAUAUUGAUGGAUAAUACCAYAUAAGCAUGAACUAAUAAUAUAUGUAAAACAGAUAUUUGUUACUUUUAAUCUGUUAUUUAAAACAUAUAUCUGAAAAGCUUUAAAUUGGACGUCACUGAAAAAAAUUAUUUAAAGUUGUCUGGUMACACCCAGCAUCCUGCUUUCAAGUACAUACAAGCAAAUGUAUGUACUUUAGUCCAUUUUAAGCAAAUAUUGGGGUGGGAAGUUAUUAUGACCAAGGCCUAUARAAACCAGCCUUCAUAAAAUGGUAUUUUUUAAUGUGUGUUUUGAAAAKAUUUGGAGUUGUAUACUGGCUGUAGGUGGGCAAAGAGCAAUGAUCUGCAUUUUUUCAGCUGUAAGCACCAAAAAAACUCACCAUGAAGAAGUGCAAGCCGGUUCUAAGRAGUGUAUGAGCUUUAAAAUUUAAAAGUGUAUCUGCUUGCACUCAUAAACACAUUUCCAUUUGCACAAAACAAGUGUUUGCACUAUUAAUUGUUCACUUGAUAUACACAAAUUCAUGCACAGUACAACUGCAUUUWAAAAAAUCCCUCAAAUGUGAGAUUAUCUGAGAUUACUUCUGCUUUAGCUAUAACUAUUCCUAAAUAGCAUGAUUCAUUGAUAUAUGUGAGUAUGUUACACAUCCUCAUGUGAACAAUAAUCCAAACAGUGCCCAAGACACARUUGCUCUGUAGAAGUCUUUCUACAAACUACUGCCUUCUACCUAAAAAUUUUCAUGAGAAAUAAAAAAACCCAUUCUGUCUAAUGGCACCUGGCACCUGUGAAUCAAGACUUACAAGGUCUUUCAUAAACUAUACACAGUAAGACACACUGCUAUGUUCUGUGUUUUAAUUUUGUCAAAAGACAGAAUAUGUCUGCAGUCUCUCCAUUGCCACUUCCCUGCUACCUUGUAUAUUGUCAUCCUCAGAGCUGAAACAAUGUUCUGAAAUAGCUCAAGUUCUUUUAAUAAGGAUAAUUUCAACAAUUUCUCAAUCUAAAAAACUGCAUCACACCCGAAAAGUUACAAUUYAGUUUUCCCAUCUGAACACAUGAAAAUGGAACAAUGCUAGCUUUUUCCUGAAUUCUCAAUGCACUGUCAAGAUUAGCAUCCAGAUGAAGCAGAAUUAGUUACCUGGACUAUGCUGAAUCCUAAAUGGCCCACCAAAAUUAGCACUUGUCUGACAUUGAUUUAGCAUCUGGAUGACAGUAAACUUAAGUGGGACUUGAUUUUUGCCUUGAGGAAAAGGGGAGCACUUCCCAACAGAGCACCUGUGUCAAAUAGUGGGAGCACUGGGAUUCCCUUUUACUUCAGUCUGCCCAUAACAAAAAUGUUCUUUCCAUAACGAGCUGUACCUUGUGUCCUUUGUUAUCAACCUCAGUCCUGACCACAACAAUAUUUACAUCACUGACCUUCAUAUUUCAUUGCUGCAACUCAUCCUCAGGGACAAAGCUCCAUGUUAUAAAAACCCAGGCAGUUGUAAAACACAGCAGUCCUAUGUAUUUAGCAACAGGUCAUGGUGAUAAGUUUGCCCUUGAGUUCAGCCGGCUAUGCACUGAAUGCAGAGUUUGAUUUCAAAGUCUGUCCUGAUAAUCAAAGCUUUCUGUGAAACGGGAUUUAAGCACCUGACUGUCAUGAUACCCCUCUAAAUGCUUUUACCUGUGGCUGUAAAACCCUUGRCAAAUGAGAGAGGGUUCCAGGGCAGGAGCAACAGAACUUUUUCACACAGAGGACUUACUCCUACUUUGUAAUUUGCUCCCACAGCAUACAGAACAAGAUUUAUAAAUAAGCUCUCUUUUGAUCUGCCUCUUCCCAAGGUCUUUACAUAUACACAAGCAUACAUAUAAACACACACACUCAUGUGCACACACGCUCAAAUGCAAAGCUUCAUCUCCUAAAAGCUGAGGAGGAAAAGAGAUGUUUAUUUUAAAGAGAUUGGAUACUGUGGUAAUAGAGRAAAACUUUUUGUUCYUGAGAACCUAAUUACAUGUUCUUUUUAGUCCCACUGCACUAAAAUUCACUGAUCCUCAAGACUGAAGGUAUGCCAUUAUGAAAUAUAUUAACUUAGUUUUAAAAAUGUAAAGUUUGUCAUUUUAUGAAACCUGGAGCAAUUUCUAUGCCUCGACAAUAAACAAUUUUCUUUCCACCUAAAUUUCUGUGUAACUAGGAGUUUUAUUUUGUGUCUUGGUUGGAGCUUUUACAGUUCCAUGCUGCAGAAUCUCAAGCCUGCUUUCUUAAGGACACAACAUGGAAGCAGUUGUGUACUCCAUCCAUGCAUCUGUCAGAUCCACAUUGAGUCCACUAUUCAGUUACARAAAAACUGGACAGGAGCUAGAAAACUAAGGCAAUCUAAAUUCUUYGUGAAAAUUGGCAGUUGCUCAGUGACAGAAAUCAGGAAAAGGUGUCCACUGAGGAAAAAG